AUGCCUGGUGCGACAACCACUUCUGGCGGCAGUAAUGUGCCUUCCGGCAAUUUACUCUCACAGAAACCCAUCAGUCUUUGGUUCCAUGACCCGAGCACAUUCCAGAACCAGGAUGCCGUGGUGAAUCCCGACCACUUUGCAAAUUUCCGUAACGGUCAACUCUUACGCAUUCAUUUUCCUCAACAACCCUCGUCGACCGAACGAGAGCCGCUUAUCGUUAAGGCAACAGUCGUGGAUCGCGAAGCACUGGCUCGGCAGCAAUCACUUCAGAUCUCUAUUUCGCGAGACAUUGCCGAUCGAUUGAAUCUUCGGUUUCGUAUUGAAGUCUAUGUAGAGCUGAUUGAUCCGCCCGAGGCUGCAUUGGAUCACGUAGAGCUUUCAUUUAAAGAGCAAUAUCUCGGUCGAAGCGAUAUGUGGCGGCUACAGCAAAGUCUAAACGGCACAUGCGUUUAUGCAGAGAAGAAAAUUCUGUUUGCAGGCGUUAUCAAGGCUACUGUACGACGACAGUUUAUCAAUGAUAGAGAGAUGCUUUCUGGGUACAUCAACGAAAACACACGUAUGAUCUUUCGAUCGAGUUCAGCCAAAUACUUUUUAUUCAUCCAACUAUCACGCGAAAUGUGGGAAUUCGACGAAGACGGUGAACUCUACUUUGAAAAAGUCGUCAACAACUUUCUUCCCGAACUGUUCAAUCGCUGGAAAGAAGAAGGCACCAACCACGUUGUUUCAAUUGUCUUGUUUACACGCGUAUUCUAUGACGGCAAUACUGAUCCAUUCGACCAUCUUGUAUCCAAGUCACCUGAUGGCCGCUAUUACAAGGACUUUUACAAAGUCAUUGCUGAUUGGGAAAGCACCGAUGAUUGGAUGUCAGUGAUUGCCCCGCUCAAGGAAGAACAAUUGACGUUCCAAAAGGAUGUGCUGAUGCGCAAAAACAAGGAUGAGCAGAGCGUGGUCAGCGGUCGGAUCUCGGUUGCUUAUGAGGGCAAUGUGCUCGAGGCGGUCAACCUGGCAUUGAAUCCGUUUGAUAACCAUUAUGUUGAUCGUGAUUUGAUGCGGACGGGUCUCUCAAUUAUCUUGAUCACACCAGGGGCCGGCAAGUUCGCCGUAAAUAAGAAACUGCUUCGGUUGACCAACGAGCGCAUGACAGAUAAUGGCAUUGCGAUGGACUUGGUGUGUCUGUCGCCCCUACCACUCCAUGUCACUCCAUUGUUCGCCUACCAGUCCUCACCACCGCCAGUUGAGAUCGCUCAGGAAUAUACAUUGGUGUCAUCGUCGUCAAGGCAACAACAGCAACAACAACAACAACAACAACAAAGCAAAGGGUCUCCAGAUACCAAAAUUGUGGGAAACUUAACUAAACAAAAAGCUAUCGAAUCGUGGGACCCGCUCUACUUGGAUGACAAUCUGGGCGAUACAUAUACCUACUACUCUGUUCCGCAUUGGAUCGACUGCAGUUUUUACAACCACGAAACUGGCCAUUUCAUUAAACAAGACAAGUUCCAUACACGUUGCAAAAUGUACGAACUACAAAUGAUGGGCAUCAUGGAACAUGAUCUCGCUGGCAUAUCGAUCCCACUACUGUCUGAAAACGCCGCAAAGCAACAGCAACAGCAGCUUGCAGCCAUCACACGCACCUUAAAGACGCAACGCAGCAGUAGUAGCUUGAACGAUAAAUUAUCGACAAAGUCUGCGGACUCUGGACAUGGAAAUGGUGAAGCAUACCUAUCACGUUCGGCAAAUUUUUCAUCUAUAAGGCAUCCUCCAUUCUUACACGGUGGCGGUGGUGCCGCUACUGCUGCCAAUACGAUUAUACCACCAUCAUCAUCCGUUACCGCCGCAUCAACAAUCGAUUAUGAAAGGUAUGAUGGAUUAGUGUUUAAAGAAAGUCUCGAACCACGAUUCAAUCGGCGAGUAACCACCGCCACACCACCGCCUAAACUCAUGACACCCACUAAGCAAAAAAGCUCCAUGGAGAGUCCUGACCGGCCGGACGCAAUGGAUCAGUGGCCAAUGCGGUUUAAUGCACUUAAAUCAAAUACAACGUGGCAUCACGGCGAUCAACGACGUGUCAUGUCAAUACUGUCUCAGUCACAACAAGGGGGUGCUAAAAUCACUUUUGACAACAAUGUACGCAAAGACGAUCAUCCCACUCGUGUAACCGAAAUAUUUAAGGGACCUUCCCCAGGACGUGACGACCCUGCUGCUACUGCUGCACCUAUCCGAAUCAAACCUUCGCGCCGAGGGACGAUGAACAGCAACGACAUCCGGGUGAUGGCACAAAUUGCAACGACAGAUGGUGGGCAGAAUUCACCAGGUCUAGACGAUGAAGAUCUGAUGCUCGUGAGUUCUAGCACAGUCGAUCCGGUGCCAAUCAAUAACAAGUCUGGCAGGCCAGACAGUCGAAGCAAAUCCACUAACCCUUCACCACGUCAAAACGCUGCCGGCAGCUGUCCUUCGAUCCACAAACACUCGGGGAACAGUGAUUUGAUCCGCACAAGUUUUGGCGGUGGAAACCGGUCGUCUCCUUCGCACGCCUGGCAUAACCGCUUCACAAGCGCAUCCCGUAACGGCUUGAUCAAUCCAUGCAACCCCUCUGACUAUUCAGUGAUAUUCACAUCACACUUGCGUCGCUGGCUGCAUGCAUUGCCACGCGCCGAUCAUUACGACGGUGCACGUGUGCAUUGGCGAUCAAUCACGUCACCUGCAUGCUUACCCCUAACGACCGAUUAUUUUCCUUCAAACGAAGAACUCAAAAAACACUAUAAUCACUACAUGUACACUGUGUCAGCCAGUGAGGACGUUAACUUGUACCAAGCAGGCGAUCGGAACCUGUCCGAACAUAUCAAAACUGCAAAUCUGUUGACAGAAAUGAUCAGCCAGCGUCUCGCGCAAGGUUUCCAGAUCAUCGUGGAUAUCACAGCAUCAGCCCACCAGAAGCCUGUGAAUAAAGUGUAUGGCCAUGGGUUGUCUGGUGGUGGCGGCGAUGGUAGCGGGACUGGAUUUAUUGGCCCACCUAACAGCAUGAGUGGCAUGGUAACGACGAGUAGCAACAGCGGUAGUAACAGCAACAAAGAUAGUGGCAAAGACGGCAGCGCGACCGGUCCGAACACUAUGGCAUCUGGUGGUGCUGGCGGCGGCAUUGCUGCUGCUGGUAAUACGGCUGUACCAGGAACCACUAGUAAAACGCUGGCCACACUUCAUGAUGAGGCAGACAAAAUCAAAUGGAAGCACAUGGUAUGGUGGCUCUCGAUGGGACAUCAAGUACAUCAACUCACAUUUGACUCGUCUGGCCAAAAUGUGGAAGUACGACGCUAUGUUCGUACGAUUGAUUUUGAUAUCAAAAAAAUGACAUACAAAUGUGCUAUUUGGCCAAAGAAUGUAGCGAGUUAUCGACCCAAGAGCGUCUCGUUCAGCUAUCCAAGCUUACUCUAUGCAUGGAACUACCUCGACCAUCUGGUAGCCGGUUAUCAAGAGGAGCUCACAGACAAUCUACGCUUCUGGCGAGCACGGUUCAUUGUAAUACCACGCGAAACACUCCCAUCGAGUGCACCUGGAAUGACUCCGUCACAACAGGAUAACUUGGACGAUGAAGAAAAGCGACUUGCGCUGUUCGACACAUGGUUGCAAAACUUGCGCAAGGCGAAAUGGUUGACACCGCAAGAGCGUGAAGAAAUGCAGAAACGUCGCAAGAAGGAUCUUGGAUACACAGACUUUGGAUUAAAAAUCACGACCAUGGAUCCAUCGGCAUACGUGACGAGCGAAGCAUUUAAAUCCGUACAAUCAUCGGCGUCACCGUUGUUUGGUCAGCAUACUAGCUUACUAUCAUCGAUUGUCGGUCAAAACCUUGGACUGUCGCGAGAAUCCAAGAGCAAGGAUAUUGCAAUAGCAAUGCGUGAUCCAAAAGCCGGUGUCAAGAUGUUUGAUCGACGAUGGCACUUCAAAGUGUAUCGCAGCUCCUUUGUGGGCAGCGAAAUGGUGGAUUGGCUGAUAAGCCAAUUUGACGAUAUAAGCACUCGUGAGGAAGCUGUGGCGUUGGGAAAUGCACUCAUGGAGCGUAAUCCGCCCUUGUUAGUCUCGUCAACGAGCCGACAUACAUUUUUGGAUGGUCAUUAUUUUUAUCGCUUACAUGCCGAAUUUAUGCCUAGUCAGCAACCGCAAAAGGCUUGGUUUACUAUAAACAACACAUCCUUGGGCAAAAACAAGAUUCAAUCGUCACCGUCUAUGCUCUCAGUCAACAGCAAAGAUACUAGUGCUUCGAGUGGGACGGGCGGAGGUGGAGGUAGUAUUGGCGGAGGUGCAGGAUCAGCAUCAGCAUCAGUUGCAGCAGCAAACGGAGGCACAGCUAGCGGUGGUGCCUCUGUUGCUUCACCACAAUCACCGCGACGGUCAAAGACAACGAUUGAGUAUGAAAUGUCGCGAGAAAUGAUUAUCGACGUUGACCCAUACAAAAAGAGUAAUCGACGCGAAACAGCCAUACUUCACUAUGAUACCCUACACAACGCCUAUAAUUGCUAUCAUUUCCAGCUCAACUGGCUCGGAUGCACGGCGCAGCUGGUUCAAGAACUUGUUCAAAACUGGAGCCGCCAAGCAGAGCGAUGUGGAUUACUGGUUGUGGAAGGCUCUGUCGAUCAAGCCUACGAUGAAUCCGAAAACAACAACCCAUUCCAAACUCCUGUCGCCAUCAACUUUGCGAUCAAACCUCCACCCGUAUCCGAGCUAAACGCCCGUUAUGAAGUACCCGACAAUUUUUAUGCUGUAGCGCUCGUACGCCAUUUAGGAUUUGUCUUGGAUGUUGAAGCAGAUGACAAAUUUGAACGAGCCAAGACCGAAGGAAUCCAAAUGAAAUACACGUAUAUCAAAGAAGCAUACAAGUACGAUCAAUACAUCCAUCGAUCGGGUGUUGCCUUUGUACAGAUUCGACCCGACAAUGAAGGCUUUUAUUGGGUGAACAAUCGGCUCUAUACAAACCAUACACCAGCUUUGGUCUUGAGCCGUAGCCGUAAACAAGGCUCAUCAUCAUUAGUGCAUCCAGAAGUACUGCGCCAGAAUUUCCAAGAGUUCUGUUCGGAUCCUCAACGGCUCGAAGCCUUUUGGGAAGCUACACGAAAUAACUUGAUAUCCGAGGAUCAGCAGGAUAACUGGGCAUUUGAGAAUGCUCGCGUUCCGUCUAUUGAUACGACAUUGACGGAAGAUACAGCAUCUACGGCGCCAACGACAGCGACAGCAGUGGAAGAUGAUCAGCAGCAACAGCUACAACUACCGAUAAUGUCCCCAGAAUCCUUGGAAAUCAAUGCAACAGCUGCAGCGGCCGCGGCUGCAGCUAUUGGAGCCACAACACCAACGAACAAUCAUAGUCCUUCUUCAACUGUUACUGUCACUGCCCCACAACAGCAUCAGCAACAGCAACAUACCACGUCGACAACAAAUUUAGCCACUCGGGCUAAUAGUACAUCUAUUAGUACCAACAACAACAAACCAAAACCAUCACCUAGCAGUGCUACUUCCGGCAAUAACAACUCAGAUGUAUUAUAG